UAAAGGCGCGUUUUUUUUCCCUGGAAAAAACAAACGUGAUUCAUAGAAAUUUUCUAAAAAAACAUCAAACAAAUAAUAUUUUCGUUCCCAAAGUUUGUAGGACGUUAAUUUCCCCGUGAAAAUUCGGGACUGUGCUUCCGAGAGCAUCUAUUCAAUUGCUAUCUGAGAAAAUGGUUGCGAGGAAGCAAGCAACAAAGUUCUUCAGCAAAAAGAGAUGACGAAGUUGAACCAAGAGAGAAUUUGGCUUUUGGGUUUUUCUAAAAACAAGGUAAAACAUGUGCAAACAAUUUUUUGACAUCAGAGGAAUUCAUCGAUCCAUAUUCUAGUCUAUUUUUUGGUCCAAAGCCUGAAUUUUUGUGUCCUUGCGCUGCGGUGUUCUCAAAUGAUAAGAGCCACAUCCAUAGCUCUCUGUAAUUGCUUGCUUCAAAUUCACAAGGUUCGUUUGUCCCGAUCUCUCACUUCAUUCAUACCCAGCAAGUUCUUUUUAACUUUUCAAUCACCAGUAACUCUCAGAUGCCGAAAUAAGUGUACCACCAUAAGCUUAUCUUCCAUUGACUGCUCUGGCAUUGCACAAUCUCUCAUAUCAAGGUGUUCAGUUUUGGUUGAGAAGGAAGGGAAUGGCUCAGCAUUGCCUAAUCCUUCUCUCAAGGACUUUUUAUUGGAGAUAUCUGAUGUUGUACCAGAAUAUGCGCGUAAAAUUAGGCGAAUUUUGCAGUUAAAACCCGAAGACGUGCUUAAAUUAUUACUUGGGUUUCAAUCAGAGGUUGGGAAUAAUGGGAUUCAAGUUAAGAAAGUUGAGUGUUUGUGGAGCAUUUUCAGGUUUGCUAAUGAAAGUGGUAAGAACUUCAAGCAUUUACCGAAGUCAUGUGAGGUUAUGGCCUCUAUUCUCAUCCGAGUUGGGAAGUUUAAAGAAGUCGAGCUCUUGCUUUCUGAGAUGGAGAUUCAAGGAAUUUUAUUGGAUGAUCCUGAAGUUUUCAAUUGUUUAGUUCAAGGUUUCGUGGGUGAAGAUAAUCUAGAAGGGGCUCUCUUGAUUUUUGGAAAAAUGAGGCAGCAAUGUAUAUCUCCAUCAUUGUCAUGUUAUCGUGUUUUGCUUGAUUCUCUGAUCCGGAUGAAGAAGACGGAAGUAGCACUAGGGGUGUGUUUGGAUAUGGUGGAGAUGGGAUCUAGUUUGGGUGAUGAAGAGAAGGCUGCUUUUGAUAAUGUUAUUGGACUACUUUGUUGGCAGGGAAAGGUUCUUGGAGCUAGGAACCUUGUGAAGAAGUUUGUGGCUUCGGGCUUUAUGCCUAGUGAUAAGGUUCUUUAUCAAAUUACAAGGGGGUAUUGUGAGAAGAAGGACUUUGAAGAUUUGCUGAGUUUCUUCUUCGAAAUUAAAAGUCCCCCAAAUGUUUUUUCUGGCAACAAAAUCAUGUAUUCUCUUUGUAUAAAUUGUGGCUCUGAAAGUGCAUACUUGUUUCUACGAGAACUUGAGCGUACAGGUUUCAAGCCUGAUGAAGUAACCUUUGGGAUUUUGAUCGGUUGGAGCUGUCGUGAGGGAAAUCUUAGAAAUGCGUUUAUUUAUUUGUCGGAGUUAUUGUUGAGAGGCUUAAGACCAGAUUUACAUUCAUAUAAUGCUCUCAUCAGUGGGAUGUUGAAGGAUGGCCUUUGGGAAAGUGUCCGAGGCAUUCUUGACGAAAUGGCAGAUUGGGGUACUAAGCCUAAUUUAUCGACUUUCAAAAUUCUUUUAGCAGGCUAUUGCAAAGCUAGACAAUUUGAUGAAGCAAAAAAGAUAGUUCUCGAAAUGGAAAAAUGUGGUUUGAUUCAACUUUCUUCAAUAGAUGAUCUAUUAUGCCUAAUAUUUUCUUUCUUGGGGUUUAAUCCCUCAGCAGUGAGGUUGAAAAGAGACAACAAUGCUGGUAUUUCUAAAACCGAGUUCUUGGAUACUCUUGGAAAUGGACUGUAUUUGGAAACUGAUGUGGAUGAAUAUGAGAAAAGGCUUACCAAAGUUCUAGAAGAGUUUAUAUUACCUGAUUUUAACUCGCUUAUAAUGGAUGAGUGCAAAAAUGGAGACAGUAAAGUUGUAUUAAGGUUGGCAGCCGAAAUGGUUCGAUGGGGGCAAGAACUAACUUCGGUAGGUUUGAUGGGUUUAUUUAAAAGCCACUCUAAUUUGAGUUCCAUAAUCAAGCCUAUCACUGAAGUUUGGGAGAAAAGACCAGAUAUGAUUGCUGAAUUAGGAGCAGACACCUUGAAUUUAAUUGUGCAAGCAUACAGCAAAAACAAGUUGACUUCUAGUGCAAUUGGAAUACUAAAUGAGAUGAUCCAAAUGCAUGUCGAAAUCGAGAAAGAAACAUACACAGCUCUGGUAAAUAGUUUGUGCAAAACAGAAAACUUAAGGAAACUUCUUGGCUGUUGGGAUAGAGCUCGAGAAGCUGGUUGGGUUCCAGGGCCGCAUGACUGUAAAUCACUUAUGAGCUAUCUUUGCAAGAAAGGAAAAUUCAAUGAAGUUUUCUCCCUCCUUGAAACCAUGUUGGCAUCAUAUCCACAUUCGAGGUUGGAUAUAAUUCAUAUAUUCCUCAAAAGGCUUUCAGAAGCAGGGUUCGCUGCAAUUGGUCGAGUAUUGGUUGAAGAACUUAUGUCUCGUGGAUUAUAUUUGGAUCAAAAGUCAUAUGAACUUCUUAUCAUUGGAUUAUGUAAGGAGAACAAUACUUCAAUAGCAAUCAAUAUAUUGGAUGAUAUAAUGGCGACGAGUAUGGUUCCGUGCAUUGAUGUUUGUCUUUUGUUAAUUCCUACAUUAUGUAAGGCUGGUAGAUAUGAAACCGCAAUUGCAUUAAAAGAGAUCGGAACUACGAAGCUAUCAUCUUCUUCGCUUAGAGUGUUUGGUGCACUAAUGAAAGGUUUCUUUACGACGGGAAAGGUUAGAGAAGCAUUCACUCUAUUCCAGGAUAUGUUGUUGAAAGGUCUUUCUCCAGAUGCUGAGAUUUAUAAUCUUCUAGUUCAAGGGCAUUGCAAAGUGAAAAACUUUGACAAAGUGCGGGAGCUACUCGGUAUUAUAAUAAGGAGAGAUUUAAGCCUUUCGAUAUCAAGUUAUAGGAAAUUAGUUUGUUUGAUGUGUAUGGAAGGAAGAAGUCUCCAGGCAUUGUAUCUAAAGGACCUCAUGCUUAGACACGAUGAAUCUCAUGACCGUGUUAUCUAUAACGUUUUAAUUUUUUAUAUUCUUCGAAGCGGGAAUAGUAUGCUUGUAGGUGAAAUUCUGGAUGAAGUAUCACAUAAGAGGAAGUUGUUACUUGAUAAGGUCGCCUAUGAUUUUCUCAUAUAUGGAUUUUCUCAGUGCAAAGACUUUUCAAGUUCCACAUUAUAUCUCUUCACCAUGAUCCAUCAGGAGUUUCGUCCCAGCAAUCGAAGCUUGAAUAUCGUAAUUAGCCACCUUUGUGAUAUUGGAGAGCUCGAAAAAGCUUUGGAGCUAAGUCGAGAAAUGGAAUCAAGGGGAUGGAUUCUUGAUUCAGCUAUACAUAAUACGAUUGUGGAGUGCCUCAUUUCAUAUGGUAAGCUUCAAGAAGCAGAAUGUUUUCUGGAGCGAAUGGUCGAGAAGUGUCUCGUACCCGAACGUGUAGAUUACAAUAACAUAAUCAGACAAUUUUGUCGGAAUGGAAGAUUGUCGAAGGCAGUCGAUCUUAUAAACGUAAUGCUUAUGAAAGGAAACACCCCAAAUGCUACUAGUUAUGAUUCUGUCGUUCAUUGUUGCUGUAACUGCAACAAGUUAGAAGAAGCCGUAGAUUUCCAUACCGAGAUGUUGGACCGGUGCCUGAAGCCACGCAUCGAGACAUGGGAUAAACUCAUUUUUUCGUUUUGCAGAGAAGGGAAAACAAGAGAAGCAGAAAGGGUUUUGAUGAGAAUGUUGGAGAUGGGCGAAACGCCGAGCAAGGAUGCAUACUGCUCUAUGCUGAACAGAUAUCACCACGAAAAUAAUCUCGAAAAGGCAUCAGAGACGGUGCGAGCAAUGCAGCAAAGUGGUUACGAGUUGGAUUUUGAGACACAAUGGUCUCUCAUAAGCAAACUAAGUGAUGCCACCCUCAAGGACAGCAACAGCAAUAACAAUAAUAAAGGUUUUCUCUUGGGACUUCUUUCCAAGAGCGGAUUUUCUCGGGAAUUGAUUCGUUAGCAAAGCCAAUACGAAGAUUGAGAAGGUAGGAUUAACUUCCAAAUAAUUGAAAGUUAUUUCAAAUCAGCCGCUCACACCAGCUUAAACCCUAAACCUCCAUCGUCGGAGAGAGAGAAGAGAGAGAGAAAAUGGAAGGGAUCAAUGGAUUGGUGAAGAAGGCUUGAGAAGAUAUGGAAUUUUCUGCUGGUGGUGGAGCAAUCAAUUGGUUUCCCGGGCAUAUGGCGGCAGCAAUGCAAGCCAUUCGCGAGAGACUGAAGCUGGCGAAUAUGGUGAUCGAGGUCAAAGAGGCCCGCAUUCCCUUGUCGCCAGCGAACCAAAACCUUCAGCCUCAACUUUCUUCUAACCGCCGCAUCAUCUCCCUCAAAAAGAAAGAUUUGGCUAACCCCAAUAUCUUGAUCUGUGAAGGAUGCGAUGGUGGGCGAGGAGCGUAUUGCUCAAUAUCUACUGGCUGUUUUGAAUACUCGGGGGACUUUUCUCCAUUGGAGGCAGUUGAAUAACAGAAGAAUGGAGGGUAUUCAAUAUGAAUCAGAAGAAGGGCACAGAUUUAAUCUUAAUGACCUCCGGCCAAAAAGGAGGGCUCCUCCAAGUCUGAUGUGGUGUACAUAGAGGUGGACUUUAAUAAAUUGUGGUUUACAAGAAGAGGGAGGAAAUUGCAGAUUUAAAUUGUUUACAAGAAAUUGAGAAAGACAUGAAGUGUUGCUCUGUUGGUGUGUGGUUGGCCUAAUAGUCACCGGUAUAAUGAAAAAGGAAAGGGACUUAAAAGAGAAUGAGCGUUCAAAACCCUAUGCUGGUCACCUACCUUGGGUAUUGAAAUUCUUGACAACCAAAUGUCGCAUGAUCAUGCAAUUAUCUAGGAUCUUGUUAUCUAAGUUCAACGCGCACCGUAUGAAAGUCUGUCAGAAUUUGAUGGUAAUGUAGAAGAUGAGAAUGAUUUAGAAAGUGUUACCGAACUGCAAUUCGAAGCAUUGCAGAAAUCGAUGAAGAUACCUCAUCCGGCAGUGGAAGCUCGCUUGAAAGUAUCAAAGAAACUACUAACUCUAUUCGUGGCAGAAAGCUGACUUAAAGUUGCAGAGAAAAUACACUAGAAUCUAAAAUAUGAAACGCAGAAUAGAAACUUAGUUCGUUAGCAUUUCGAGGUUUUGGCUUGAUGAGAAUUCUUCGGGAGUUCUAUUCUUGAUGGUGGCAUAGCGAGUUUCCUUGGUUUUGAAUUUUGAGUAUGGAACUUGGCAUUAACAGGGCAAGAUUUUGGUUUCUUGAUCAAUGGAAACCAAGCUUAUAUGGUAUAAAUUACUACAAUGUCAAACUUAGUCUUUAUGCGAUUACUAAGAGAUGAAAAUUUGUGCCGAUGUGUUAGACUUAGUAGGUUAUCGUGAUCUUUAGUAUAUUUUAAGACUCAUAUCACUAUUUUAUCGUGUAUCUUUAGUAUAUCUUAAGACUCGAAUUAGUUUAACAAUCUAUGUCACUAGAUUACGGUGUUAUCUUUAGCAUACCUUAAGACUUAGAUUAGCUCAAUGGUUCCGUGUCACUAGGUUAUUGUGUAUUUUUAGCGGAUACUGAGACUCAGGUUAGCUCAAUGGUCUACACGUAGGUUAUUGUGUAUCUUUAGUGUAUCUUAAGAUUUAGAUUAGCUCGAUGAUCUACGUGUCAUAACUCCAAAGCCUUGCAUGGUUUUUGCAAUAGUUAUCUCACUUGACGAUGACAAUGAAUAUAUACAUAAUUAUUUUGUAUCA